CAAGAACGAAAAAAAUAUUCGUGAGCCAUUUGCGACCUUCGAUCCUCGAAGGUUCGAAUAUUUACUUUUCGAAAUUUGAAUUUUACUACCGUUAUAAAGUUUGUAAAAUCUGUGCCGCGUUUAGACGCGCCGUUUCUUGAAGGCUAGUGUCGUGUAGUGGUGUUGUAGACUUUUUUAAAAUGGCAACUACGGGCAGUGAGAUGUGGCUGCAGUGGUUCGCUUGCUGCUACCAACCCGCAGCGCAGGCACAGAGGACCCGGCGGAGAAUAGACAGAUCUAUGAUUGGUGCACCGACCAAUUUCCAACACACAGGACACAUCGGGUCGACCGACGUGGACAUGCCCUCGUCACUCCUACACUCCAUACAGAACCAGAUGCAGAGCAAGGGGGGAUACGAAAUGGCGUACGGUGUUAAGGUAUAG